UUUGGCAAUCAAAUAAGAGUAAACAUAUCGAACAUUUUGUUAUUCGAAUUCGCGUGAUUUCCCCCAAUACGAUCGAGUGAUGUUUGCAAUGAGCUCGGUCGAAAAUAUUUAUAUUGUGUGUACAGAGGAACGCGUCGGAAUAAAUCGCAUGAUUGCAUAAGAUUAAAACUGAAAAUUAACAAAUAGCCAGAUUGUAAAAUUACGAUAAUUCGUACUAAGUUCAAAGUAUCACGUUUAGUUCAUAGUUGGUCGCCUAACCUACAAUGAGCUGCAGAUAAAAUCGUCCAAAAAAUACACACACAUACAUAUACAAACAGCCAACGUAGAACACAGGAAAAAGCACCAUUCAUCAACAAAGCCAAAUUCCAUGUGUUGUGAGUUUUAAGGUGCAAAGAGCUUGUCUCAAUGUAUAAACAACGAUUGUUGCUGAAAAAUUUCGUGCCAGGAGCAAAUGGACUUCUAUCAGCUCAAUUCGGCAGCAAUGCGCCAAAUUCACUCAAAAUCGAGAAUGCCUUGGUUGUGUCAAAACUAUCACAUUUUGAUUUUGAGAAGCACAGAUACAAAGACUUGAAUGAGCAUGAGUUGGAGCACAAGAUCAGGAACAGGGGUACUGACUAUGAUAAGCUCAAAUACUACCACAAUCUGCACAAGAACUUUGAGAAUAAUGUUGUGGAUACAUUGAAAAAUAUGGGUAUUGCAGUGAAAGUUGUCAAUAGGUUCAAUUACUCAGAAGACUCCAUACAUUGGGCUGACAUUAUUGUGCCAACUGGUGGUGAUGGGACAUUCUUACUAGCAGCAAGCAAGAUUCGUGACAAUAAGAAAUUAGUUGUAGGAUUUAAUUCAGAUCCAAAUAGGUCUGAGGGUCAUUUGUGCUUACCAAAAAAAUAUUCUACUAACAUUAGGGAAGCUAUAGAGAAACUGCAGUGUGGUGAUUUUAAAUGGUUAUUGAGAAGUCGAAUACGCACUACAUUGAUAGGUCAAAGGGGCACCAAAGUUAUGCCCAAAAACUUGCAUGAGUGUAAUGACAAAGAUGAUAUGAAAUUCAUACCUACUAAAUUGGAAGAGUGUGGGAGGGUUUUACCAUAUCUUGCACUUAAUGAGGUUUUUAUUGGAGAAUCAUUGUCAGCAAGAGUCUCACAUUUGUCCAUGUGGCUGAAUGGUUUUGAUAGGGAGACCAAUAUGAAAUGCUCAGGGGUGUGUAUCUGUACUGGGACUGGAUCAACUUCUUGGAAUCUUAGUAUUAAUAGGUUACCCAUUCAAAGUGUUGCUGAGCUUCUGAGACUACUAGACAUUGAUGCAACUGAAGGAAAAGACAGUUUGGCCACUGUUUUAGCAAGGAUGUACAAUGAUAAUCUAACAUUUGCUGCAGAUGAUAAAAAGAUGUGCUACACAAUAAGAGAUUUAAUAUCGGCAGGUGUUUGGCCUCAACCGAAGGGCAUUAAAUCCAGGGGUUUCGCAUCCAAAGUAAAAGUAAAAUCCAAUUGCUUUGAUGCAUGUCUUGUCAUCGAUGGUGGUGUUAGCUUCGAAUUUAACGAUGGCACAAUUGCCAUACUCGAAAUAAACCCUGAUGACGCUUUGAGAACUGUUACAUUCAGUGAUUAAUUAUCCCAUUUUAUGUUUAUUUGACUGCAAGACCAAUUUUAUAUAAAUAUUUUGUAUACAUAUAUUUUAUCAAUUUACUGUUAAUGUAUCAUUGUUAUGUGAUAAUUGUAAUUUUUAUUUUAUAAAUAAAUUAGUUUUAAGAUU